GCGACGCUCUCACACGUGAAACUGGCAUAUUUAUAAUUCUCCCAAAAUACAUUAUCAAUCAUGUCUGGAAAUGAAAAUUCUGGUGAUGGAGAAUUCGAUGAUGUAAUAAAUGCUGAAGACAUCCUUCAUGUUAUUGAACUUGAUGAUAAUAGAGAUAUAUCAGAGGUGAUGGAAGAAGCUGACCUUGGUGAAGAUUUUGAUGAUGAUAUGGAGGCAUCUGGUGGUCAAAUAGAAGUUCAAGACAUGGCUGGGGUCGUCUUUGAUAAACACAAAGAUGCCGUAUUUUCUGUGCACAUUGAUCCUAACACCAGCCAACUGGCCGUAACCGGAGGUCAGGAUGAUACAGCGUUUGUGUGGAAAAUCUCCACUGGAGAAGUUCUCUUUGAAUGCACUGGUCACAAGGAAUCUGUUACAUGUACUAGUUUUAGCCACGAUGGGACGUAUGUAGCCACUGCCGACCUGUCAGGGCUGGUAAAAGUCUGGAAAAUUGAAACAAAGGAAGACGUCUUCACAUUUGAGUGCUCAGAUGCUGAGUGGAUGAAGUGGCAUCCUGGCUCCCACGUUCUGUUUCUGGGCACAGUUGACGGUGACAUCUGGAUGUGGAAGAUUCCAAGUGGGGAAUGUAAAACCCUCCAGAGUCAUGGCUGUACUGUUUCUUGUGGGGUCAUUCUCUCUGAUGGAAAAAGGAUGUGUGUUGGAUAUGAUGAUGGUUCACUCAAGAUUUGGGAUCUGAAGUCUGUCAGUGUACAACACAAUAUAACAGGAGUGAAUGCCCACAAGUCGACAGUCCUGUGUGUCGACACUCACCCCGUCAACAAUGUGAUCCUAUCUGGGUCAACUGAUGUAACGGCAAGAGCUUACAACAGUUCUACAGGAAAGUUACUGGGGUCAUAUGACUGUUCAUCACCGGAAACUGAAGAGGAUUCGGUCGAAGCAGUGGCCCUUUCUCCAACGCACAGUUAUGCUGCUACAGGGACAGUGGCCGGAGUAUUAAGUAUCUGGGACACAAAUACACAAAUUUGUAGGCACAAGUGUCGGCACGAGGGGGGUAUAGUCAGUGUACAAUGGGAUCGUUUAACCCCGCAAGUAUACACAAGCUGUUUAGAUGGAGCUAUACGAUUAUGGGACGCUAGAAAUGGUGAGAUGGUCUCAAAAUGGACUGGACACACAGACUCUAUACUGGGAUUCGAUGUGUCAAGAGAUGGGAAAUAUUUGGUGACAGUUUCAGAAGAUAAGACGGCUAGGGUUUUCUCCCUCAGCACUUCAGAUAGAUAGGGCUGAAAACAAACAAAUCUUUGUAAAUCUUUGUAAAAAAAUAACCAGAAAUAUUUUGCAUAUACAUGUUAGUCAGGUAUAUGGUAAUAAUUCUAUUAAAAUAAUUUAUUCACAGUUUUUAAGUUUUCAGAGCAAUAAUUGUAAGAAAGGAAAAGCUUUCCUGUUUCAACCGCACAUAUCACAGUGGUGUUAGAUUGUUUGCUUCCAAAUGUUGUUCAAAGGUCAUUUUCCCCUCUUGGACAAAAAGCAUUUCCAAGUCUUGGUCAAAAGUCAUUUCACACUCUUGAUGAAAUGUCAUUUCCCACUCUAAGUAAAAAGCCAUUCUUGGUGAAAAGUCAUUUCCCACCCUUGGUAAAAAGUCAUUUCCCACCCUUGGUAAAAAGUCAUUUCCCACUAUUGGUGAAAAGUCAUGUCCCACCCUUGGUGAAAAGUCAUUUCCCACCCUUGGUAAAAAGUCAUUUCCCACUCUUGGUGAAAAGUCAUUUCCCACCCUUGGUGAAAAGUCAAUUCCCACUCAUCAUGCUCUUUCAAAAUCUGUGACACUAUAUCAAGCUUGUCUGAUUUUUCAGAAUUGAGGUGAUAUACAACCUUAAUGUCAUUGUUGGCGUCGUGUGACAUAAGAGGGGUGUUAUACAGCCUCAAUGUCAUUGUUAGCGUUGUGUGACAUAAGAGGGGUGUUAUACAACCUCAAUGUUAUUGUAAGCGUUGUGUGACAUAAGAGGGGUGUUCAGAAUGUAAUUCAACUGCAUUGCAUUUUCAUUAGAUUGAAACUUCUCCAAAGUAUUUUUGUGUAAAGAAAGAUUUGUGAAGGUUUUUUUAUGAUCUGUGUCAGUAUUCUUUUCUAUACCCUUACUAUAUUUCUUUUAAAAUGGACUUAUCAGCCUUGUGUCAAUUUCGCAAGGCCAUAAAAUCUACAUUGGUUGUCUAUAUGAAGACAUAUUAGUAGAAGCCAUAGGUGAUUCUUUGAAAAUUUUAAGCAGUAUAUAUUGACCGCCCUACAUGCUGUUGCAUUGGCCUUAAAGCUGCACACUCACAGAUUGACCGUUUUGACAUGAUUUUUUUUAUUAUCUUUUUUGUCUUGGAAUUAGCCAAUAUUUGCGUUUAUGUCUGGAAACCAGUGAUAUAAGACUUCUGACAAAAGAGCAGUUCACAUUUUUUUUAAAUUUUCAUUUGAAAAUUGAUGAUUUAUGGCUAACCCUUUAAGAAAACUGAAAUUUUCGGCAGUUUAUCAGUUAAUUGAGAUCUGUUCUAUUGUGAGUUAUCUUAUAUGACUGAAUUGAAGCUCGGAUGCCAAAAUGAGCUGAUUCUGAGACCAAAAAUAUAUGAAAAAGUCAAAACUGUCUAUUUGUGAGAGUGCAACCAUAACUCAAUAGAAUAAUCAUGAUAUUCCCAUGAAAUUUAGUAAUCAUGUUACCUGUGAUAAUAAGCACAGUAGCAAAAUGUCACAUAUAUUAGUAUUGUCAUAUAUUUAUUUGAUUAAGUAUUGCCAAGAUAUGACCCAUGAACAACUAAAAAAACACUAGGCCAUGGUUUGCAUCUGCCUUCCUACUUUUGGUGAAUAUUAUACGAUGGUUGGGACUGAUUCACUGACAUGUAUUACUUCACGUUAACCAGGCAAUCCUACGGAAACCCUCGGUUAUUAGAUUGGGGUAUGUCGUUGUGCUGGCGGAUGGCUGGCAUGGCAUCAAUAAUUUCUGUCCUUGCUGUAACUUGACAAUGCAUAAGAGGGUUUUAAAUUUACUUUGCGCAGAUGUCGCCAAUGGAAGCCGGUGUGUUAAAUACAAGACCCAUAUAUGAGUCAGCCAAAGGUCAAUGUUACUAUAGGGUCAUUAUUCAAAAUUUCUUGUUGUUUAGACUAAAGCUUGACCAUGCAUUGAGUAAAUUAUAAAUAAAUACAAAUAUUCAACAUGAGAACUGGUAUGUCAUAGGCAAGAGGUCAAGAUCACACUUCAGGGUCAUUGGUCAAAUGUCAUUGUAUAUUUGCUAGAAUUUGUUUGGGAAUUAAAAAACAAAAUUUGGGAAUUAAAAAACAAAAUAGCACGAAUGUUCACCAUAUGUAGCUUGCAUGUCGCCUGAACAAAGCGAAUAAACAAUAUGAGUUCAAAUUCAUAAAAACAUUUCGAUCUUUAUUUUAAAAAUCUUUUAUUGAACUGUGUCAUCAGUUCUAUCCAGCGGAGGGCUCGAACUUGUUGGCGUUUCCCCAACAAAGCUCUGGUAUAUAUAUAUAAAGCGUCACUCUUAUGUCUGUUUGUCUAUCCAUCAUGUGUUCGUUUUGCCAAAAUCUUCUGAUUGGCCAAAUUGACAGCCUGAUUUGUGUCGCAUUGUGGUGUAUCUAGUUUUAAAGUGCUAGUGUAUUGUGAAGUAUAUGUUUAUCGUUAUUUCUGGUAUGCAGAGUUAAAGAUGUUUUCAAUUUCAAUGCAUUUACCAUGACUAAGCAAUGAUAAACCAACACUAUAUAAGA